GCUGUAUAAGAUGGGAUGGAUAGCAUCCUGCCUCUGUCCUCCUGCGCCGGUCGCUCGUCUGUUGUUUCUUUGCUCUCGGUGCUCCAAUCUUAUCUUCUCGAGAGCAUUGUCCGUGUUUUCUUCCAUUCAGGCACCAUGGGUAAGGAAAAGGUACACAUAAGCAUUGUUGUCAUUGGUCAUGUCGACUCUGGGAAGUCGACCACCACUGGCCAUCUUAUCUACAAGUUGGGUGGCAUUGACAAGCGUGUGAUCGAGAGGUUUGAAAAGGAGGCUGCAGAAAUGAACAAGAGGUCAUUCAAGUAUGCUUGGGUUCUUGACAAGCUUAAGGCGGAGCGUGAAAGAGGAAUUACCAUUGAUAUUGCUCUUUGGAAAUUUGAGACCACCAAGUAUUAUUGCACGGUCAUUGAUGCUCCUGGACACCGUGACUUCAUCAAGAAUAUGAUUACUGGAACAUCCCAGGCUGACUGUGCUGUUCUUAUCAUCGACUCUACCACUGGUGGUUUUGAAGCUGGUAUCUCCAAGGACGGUCAGACUCGUGAGCAUGCAUUGCUUGCUUUUACUCUUGGAGUCAAACAGAUGAUUUGCUGUUGUAACAAGAUGGAUGCAACAACCCCCAAAUAUUCAAAGGCUAGGUAUGAUGAAAUUGUGAAGGAAGUUUCUUCUUACCUCAAGAAGGUAGGCUACAACCCAGAGAAGAUACCCUUUGUUCCCAUCUCAGGGUUUGAGGGUGACAACAUGAUUGAGAGGUCUACCAACCUGGACUGGUACAAGGGCCCGACCCUUCUCGAGGCCCUCGACAUGAUUCAGGAGCCAAAGAGGCCCUCGGACAAACCUCUUCGUCUCCCUCUCCAGGAUGUGUACAAGAUUGGAGGCAUCGGCACCGUGCCAGUUGGACGAGUUGAGACUGGUAUCCUCAAACCUGGUAUGGUUGUUUCCUUUGGUCCCACUGGGCUGACGACUGAGGUUAAGUCGGUUGAGAUGCACCACGAAGCCCUCCAGGAAGCCUUGCCUGGUGACAAUGUCGGUUUCAACGUCAAGAAUGUUGCCGUCAAGGAUCUCAAGAGAGGUUUUGUUGCAUCCAAUUCCAAGGAUGAUCCUGCCAAGGAGGCUGCCAACUUCACUUCUCAGGUCAUUAUCAUGAAUCACCCUGGUCAGAUCGGCAAUGGCUAUGCCCCUGUUCUGGACUGCCACACCUCCCAUAUUGCUGUCAAAUUCGCCGAGAUCCUCACCAAGAUUGACAGGAGGUCAGGAAAGGAACUCGAGAAGGAGCCCAAGUUCUUGAAGAAUGGCGAUGCUGGUUUUGUCAAGAUGAUUCCCUCCAAGCCCAUGGUUGUGGAGACCUUUGCUGCAUAUCCACCGCUUGGUCGUUUUGCCGUGAGGGACAUGCGGCAAACAGUGGCCGUCGGUGUCAUCAAGAGCGUCGAGAAGAAGGAUCCCACAGGUGCUAAGAUCACCAAGGCUGCCGCCAAGAAGAAAUGAGUUUUCACGACCCUUUUCUAUCAGAGUGUAAGAGUGUACUAUGACUUCCCAAUUUGUUGUUUGCAAGUGUGUUUGAUUUAGGAACCUUAUUGUUUUGGGACAUAUGUUUUCCUUGUUAUCAUAUAUUUAUUAUCUUGCAGAACUUCAUCA